UGGUCGGCCGUUGCUUCUGAAACUGUCCAUCGACGGGCCGUGCUCUCGGGCCUUUCCUGCGUGGUCAACACGAUCGGCUUGCAGGAAAGAAUUUCGUGUGACGUGCCAGCCUGGCAAAAGCCUGGCGACCCCUUUCCGGUGCCAUUCUUCUCCGGCCACCAGACCAAGGAAGUGUCUUUUAGGAUCGAAAGCAUCAGCUUGACACUCCAUCUCCGCUUGCCCGGGCGUCACUUCUAGAUGAAGACAGCGGUCAAACAGUGAGCAGCACCCGAUAGGACGCGGCUGAAGCACGGGACGUCGACCUUUGACCGUUGCAACGUACCAGGACCCGCCAAAAUGUUGCGAUUCCUCAGCCGACGGAAGGGGCGCAGUGCCGCCCCCGACACGGUGGACAGCCAGAUCAAGUCGCAGCGGAUUCCGACCAACAAAAACAUGGUCCCGUGCCGGGUGAUCCUGCUGGACAAUACGGACCUCUCGGUGGACCUUACGAAAAAAGCGAUGGCCAGCGACCUGUACGAGCAGGUUUUCUACUCCCUCGAUCUGAUCGAGAAGGACUACUUCGGGCUACAGUUCACCGACGCGAACAACGUGAAACACUGGCUGGACCCGACGAAGGCAAUUAAGAAACAGGUCAAAAUCGGUCCACCGUACACGCUGCGGUUGAAGGUGAAGUUCUACUCGUCGGAACCGAACACGCUGCGGGAGGAGCUGACGCGCUACCAGUUUUUCCUGCAACUCAAGCAGGAUCUGCUCGACGGGCGGCUCGAGUGUCCGGAUCCGCAGGCGGCCGAGCUAGCCGGCUUGGCGUUGCAAUCCGAACUAGGAGACUUCGAUGAGACGGUCCAUUCGGCGGCCACCGUGUCGGAGUUCCGCUUCGUGCCGAACCAGACCGAGGAGCUAGAGUUUACGAUACUGGAGGAGUACAAGAAGUGUCGCGGGUUGACGCCGGCCCAGGCGGAAACGAGUUUCCUCAACAAGGUUAAGUGGCUCGACAUGUACGGUGUCGAUAUGCACACCGUUUUGGGAAAGGACGGUUGCGAGUAUCACCUUGGGCUCACGCCGACCGGAAUCCUCGUGUUCGAGGGCAUCCAGAAGAUUGGGCUGUUCUUUUGGCCCAAGAUUGGGAAGCUGGAUUUUAAGAAGAAGAAACUGACACUGGUCGUCGUCGAGGACGACGAUCAUGGGCGGGAGCAGGAGCACACGUUCGUGUUUCGGCUACACAACGAGAAGGCCUGCAAGCACCUGUGGAAGUGUGCGGUCGAGCACCAUGCGUUCUUCCGGUUGCGAGCCCCCGUCAAGGGUCCGUCGGCGCGGCAGAACUUUUUUCGCAUGGGCUCCCGCUUUCGGUACUCCGGCAAGACGGAGUUUCAAACGACGCAGCAAAACCGGGCCCGACGCACGGUCCAGUUCGAGCGGCGACCCUCGCAGCGUUUCGCCCGCCGUCAGUCGCACGUUCUCCGUGAGCGCCAAAAACAGCUUCCGGUGGCUCCCGGAACGGAUCAGCAGCAGCAGCAGCCACAGCAGCCACCGCAGCCGCAACAGCAACCAUUCAGCAGCGGUGCCACUGCCAGCUGCUCCUCGGAUGAGGCUCAGCACUCUACCUCCGGUACCUCGACUCCAUCAGCGAACACGGUGAUCCACAAUCAGCGGCCGGGCUCGGGAAGUAGCACAUCCGACAUCGCUCUCGGAGGGCUGAUGGGUAUUGGUGGCGCUAGCGGAAUGGUGGGCACCCUGGUCAAUGGAAACUUGCACUCGCUCAGCUCGAACAAGUCCAUCUCGUCCAACGAAGAUGUUGCGUCUUCGUACGCCGCCAGCAGGUUAGGUGGUUCCUUCGGAAAGGCCGGUUUUUCACACGCUACUAGAUUCGACGAGUUUUCCGUAACGUCCGCUGCGGUCGCGGCGGGCAAGGGUAUGCCGGUCGUGGAACACGAGAUGAGUACGUUCGGUGGUGGACGAUUCGGUAGCAACAGUGCCACACACCACGCGGCGCUGGUCGUGGACAAUGGGUCCGGUAUGUGCAAGGCCGGUUUCGCCGGAGACGAUGCGCCCCGCGCUGUGUUCCCGUCCAUUGUUGGCCGCCCGCGGCACCAGGGUGUGAUGGUCGGUAUGGGGCAGAAGGACUCGUACGUCGGCGAUGAGGCCCAGAGCAAGCGCGGUAUCCUGACGUUGAAGUACCCGAUCGAGCACGGCAUUGUGACCAACUGGGACGAUAUGGAGAAGAUCUGGCACCACACGUUCUACAACGAGCUGCGCGUGGCUCCGGAAGAGCAUCCAGUGCUGCUGACGGAGGCACCACACAACCCGAAGGCCAACCGCGAGAAGAUGACUCAAAUAAUGUUCGAAACAUUUAAUACACCAGCCAUGUACGUGGCAAUCCAGGCGGUGCUUUCGCUGUACGCUUCCGGCCGCACGACCGGUGUCGUCAUGGAUUCCGGUGACGGUGUUUCGCACACGGUCCCGAUCUACGAAGGCUACGCCCUGCCGCAUGCUAUCCAGCGUUUGGAUCUGGCCGGCCGUGAUCUCACCGACUACCUGAUGAAGAUUCUGACCGAGCGUGGCUACACCUUUACGACUACCGCGGAGCGUGAAAUUGUGCGUGACAUCAAGGAGAAGCUGUGCUACGUGGCGUUGGACUUCGAGCAAGAAAUGGCGACCGCCGCUUCAUCGUCGACGCUGGAGAAGUCUUACGAGCUGCCGGACGGACAGAUCAUUACGAUUGGCAACGAGCGGUUCCGCUGCCCGGAGGUACUCUUCCAGCCGGCUUUGAUUGGAAUGGAAACGUCCGGUGUGCACGAGUCGGUGUACAACUGUAUCAUGAAGUGUGACGUGGAUAUCCGUAAGGAUCUGUACGCGAACACGGUGCUGUCCGGUGGCUCGACUAUGUACGCCGGCAUCGCCGACCGAAUUCACCGCGAAAUCAACGCCCUGGCACCGAGUACGAUCAAGGUGAAAAUCGUGGCACCACCGGAGCGCAAGUACUCGGUCUGGAUCGGUGGAUCGAUCCUGGCGUCGCUCUCUACCUUCCAGCAGAUGUGGAUCUCCAAGCAGGAGUACGAUGAGGCUGGACCGUCCAUCGUUCACCGGAAGUGUUUCUAGGAAACAGGUGUUACUCACUCAAAACUUGUGUAA